UUGUCUCUUCGUUCUCGCUUUCGCCGAAGAAAUGGCCGCUCUCCGCUCCUCUCCCCUCGCCCUCCGCCCCGCCGCCGCCGCCCCUUCUUCCUCCGCUGUCCGUGUUUCCUGCUUCCUACGACGAUUUCCCUCUACCGUCCCCCGACGCCUUAGGAUCAUCCUGCCUUCCCGCCGCCGCCACGGCGGCGGCGCCCUCGGUGCCGUGAUGGCGGACUCCGCCGCUUCGAGCUACGCGAACGCUCUCGCCGAAGCCGCGAAGUCUAACGGAUCCCUCGAGCAGACGGCCGCCGACAUCGAGAAGGUGGAGAAGGCGUUCGUCGACCCUGCCGUCCAAUCCUUCUUCUCCAACCCCACCAUCUCGGCGGAGCGGAAAGCCGAGGUAGUGAAGGAGAUCGCCUCCUCCCUCAAGCUCCUCCCCUACACCGCCAACUUCCUCAACAUCCUCGUCGACAUGCGACGGAUCGACAUCCUCAGCGAGAUCAUCAAGGAGUUCGAGCUGCAAUACAACAAGAUCACCAACACGGAGGUCGCCGUCGUGACUUCGGUGGUGACCUUGGAGGCCCAGGACCUCGCCCAGAUCGCGAAGGUGGUGCAGCGGCUCACCGGCGCCAACAACGUGCGGAUCAAGACGGCGCUCGAUCCUUCCCUCAUCGCCGGAUUCACGAUUCGGUUCGGCGCAACCGGGUCCAAGUUCGUCGACAUGAGCGUCAAGAAGCAGCUCGAUGAGAUCGCUUCGAAGCUUGAUUUCUCCGCCGUUACCUUCUAAUUGACUGGUGGCAAUCCUCUUCCUGCUUCUGUUCCUUGUGCACCAAGUUUUCGUUGAAUCUUUGUGGAAGAUGGCCUUUUGGCGGUCAGGUAACUCUGGCUUUCUGAAUUCCUCAUCGAGUCUGCUCCUUUUGCAUUCAUCUUCCCCAUUUCUACUUUGUGUAGGUAAUAACAUAUAUGAUGUUGAAUGAUCGUAAUGGUUCUCUUCA